AUGAGCCCUGGCAGCAAAGGUCACCCCCAUCGCGGGCGGCGCGAGGCAGAGUGUUGCUGCUGGGCCGAGGGAGGUGAUCCUUCGCCUCAGCACUGCGAAGGCCGUAUCGGCGGCCAUCUGUGGGCUUCUCAGCGCCAGGAAGCCAUGGACUUGCUGAAGCAGGUCCGCAGAGUGAAGGGCCGUGAAGCUGACCGAGAGAUUGGAGCAUGCGACAUGCAAGGGGAGGCUGAGGGAGCUGGGACUGGGCAGCCUAGAGAAGAGGAGUCUCAGAAGGACCUUUUUGAUCCCGCUGUCAUUGACCCUGUGGUAAGCGGGGUGUUGGACUUAGAAGGUCUCCAGAGGUCGCUCCAGCCUCCCCUGUGCUCUGUGUCCUCUGUGAUUGCGCCCUUGGGCUUCGGGCGGUUACAUAUCCUCCCAUUUGCUUAUCGGAAAGGAGAGCUUGGCACGGAAGGUCCUGGCGUCAGUGUUUCAGAGGAGAGACAGAGUCCUGCUGAGAGUAGUGGCAUAACUGUCAUCUAUAAUCCUUAUGCUUCCCUUUCUAUUGAACAGCAAAGACAAAAGCUGCCUGUUUUUAAGCUAAGAAAUCACAUACUUUAUCUCGUGGAGAACUAUCAAACUCUGGUGAUUGUUGGGGAAACAGGUUGUGGGAAAUCAACGCAGAUUCCACAAUACCUAGCAGAAGCCGGCUGGACAGCCGAAGGAAGAGUUGUCGGAGUGACGCAGCCUCGUCGGGUUGCUGCUGUUUCGGUUGCAGGCCGAGUUGCUGAUGAAAGAGGUGCAGUGCUGGGGCAUGAAGUUGGAUAUUGUAUUCGGUUUGAUGACUGCACAGAUCCACAAGCUACAAGAAUUAAGUUUCUAACUGAUGGUAUGCUCGUGAGGGAGAUGAUGGCUGAUCCUUUAUUAACAAGAUACAGUGUGCUUAUGCUGGAUGAAGCCCAUGAAAGGACUCUUUAUACAGAUAUUGCCAUUGGGUUACUAAAAAAGGUUCAAAAGAAGCGUGGGGAUCUCCGACUGAUUGUGGCUUCAGCCACCUUGGAUGCAGAGAAAUUCAGGGAUUUCUUUAAUCAAAAUGAUACCGGUGACCCCAGCAAAGAUACCAGUGUGAUCCUUACUGUCGCGGGGAGAACGUUUCCAGUGGACAUCUUUUACAUACAAAGUCCCGUUCCAGACUAUAUAAAAUCAACUGUGGAAACUGCAAUGAAAAUUCACCAGAUGGAGAAUGAUGGUGAUAUACUGGCAUUUUUAACUGGCCAGGAGGAAGUGGAGACUGUUGUUUCUAUGCUCAUAGAACAGGCUCGGGCCCUUUCUCGCACUGGAAUGAAGAAGCACCUCCGUGUUCUCCCCAUGUAUGCUGGGCUGCCUUCCCCUGAGCAAAUGAAAGUGUUUGAGAGAGUUUCUCACAGCGUCAGGAAGGUGAUAGUAGCCACCAACGUUGCUGAGACCUCCAUCACAGUUCACGGAAUUGCGUUUGUAAUUGAUUGUGGUUUUGUGAAGCUUCGGGCCUAUAACCCCAAAACAGCCAUUGAAUGCCUUGUGGUGGUACCAGUAUCUAAAGCUUCAGCUAAUCAGAGAAGUGAAGAGGACUUUGAGAAGCUGCCCAAGUCCACUGUUCCUGAGAUGCAACGCAGUAACCUUGCGCCUGUCAUUUUGCAGCUGAAGGCUUUAGGAAUUGACAAUGUGCUCAGGUUCCCCUUUCUUUCGCCACCUCCUGCACAGUCAAUGGUGCAAGCUUUAGAAUUGCUGUAUGCUUUAGGAGGCUUGGAUAUGCACUGCCGUUUAACAGAGCCUCUUGGAAUGAGAAUAGCAGAAUUUCCUUUGAAUCCUAUGUUUGCAAAGAUGCUUCUGGAAUCAGGAAAUUUUGGCUGCUCCCAGGAGAUUUUGACAAUUGCUGCCAUGAUGCAGAUUCAAAACAUAUUUGUGAUCCCUCCAAAUCAAAAAGCUCAGGCUGCCAGGCAACACAGAAAGUUUGCUGUGGAAGAAGGUGAUCAUCUCACUAUGCUUAAUGUUUAUGAAGCCUUUGUCAAACACAGCAAGAGCUCUCAGUGGUGUCAGGAACACUUUCUGAACUACAAAGGGCUUGUUAGAGCUUCUGUUGUACGAGAACAGCUGAAAAAGCUUCUUGUCCGCUUUAAAGUGCCAAAGAAGUCCAGUGAAGGUGAUCCAGAUCCUGUUUUGAGAUGCAUAGUUUCUGGAUUCUUUGCUAACGCAGCUAAAUUCCAUUCUACUGGAGCUUACAGGACUAUCCGUGAUGACCAUGAACUUCAUAUCCACCCCACUUCAGUGUUGUAUGCAGAGAAACCUCCACGCUGGGUAGUCUACAAUGAAGUUAUACAGACUGCUAAAUAUUACAUGAGAGAUGUGACUGCUGUUGAAUCUGCAUGGCUCUUGGAACUGGCACCUCAUUUUUACCAGCAAGGAACGCAUCUUUCCUUAAAAGCAAAAAGGGCUAAAGUAGAUGACCAGUGAUCUGACACAUCUUAAGUCGUGUGACAUCAGAUGCAGAACCUACCAGUGAUUUCAAGCUGGCUACAGUCCAUCCAGCAGUCAGUUCAUUAGCAAUUUGAUCUUACAUCAACUUAAACAUUUAAAUGCCUGCCAGGAUCUGUAGGGUUUUAUGCAUGACCAGUACAUUGUGAACCUAUGUAGAGCUUGCAUUGUGGACAUUUUAUUCUUUGCCUACUUGACCACUGUUGUUAAUCUGGGCAUGUUGCUCCUUUUAAAUAGGUAGAAAAACAAUUUAAAAAGUAAGAGGACAUACAGGACCACAAAAAAAGGAAUACUUCAAGAAGGAAACUGAUUUCCUGGUGUGGUACAGCUGCCUUACGAGAGUGGGGAAUAGGGUACCCUGCCUCCUAUUACCUAGAGCACUGUGACUACUACCGGCCAAACUGAGACUGACUCCUGGCAGCAGGAGCUCAGGGCAAUGAACUAGCCCUUGAAAUGCAAGGGGCUGCCAUGGAAACAUUGAUUUCAUGUUGGACCAUCCUGAAUUGGUGCAGCUUGUGCUUCCAAGCAAUAAAAGUCUCCUGCCUGAGGCUGAGCUGCCCCUGGCUCCCUGUGCUGUUACAGUCCUUCUGUAGGCAGCAUUGUAUUAAAAUGUCUUGUUUCCGUACAUGAGAGCUGCUGUUUGGGGGGGGAAGAGUAGCUCAGUAUUUUUAAGAAGGAUUAAUUUUAUUCUCAAUCAGGGGACUAUACACAUAUAUUCACAAACAACCAAAUACACAGGUGGGACUUUUUUUUUUUUUUUUUUUUUUUUUUUCUUUCCUGAAGAGAAAAAGUGUUAGCCUCUCACUGCUUGGAAAUACCAGAAAAUUUCAGCAGGGGUAUAUCAUGAAACACUGGUUUUUAGCCUCUAUCAUUCAGCAAAGAUUAAAAAGUUCUGUACUUACCGAUCAGGAACACAGUCGUAUAUAUUUCUUUCAUUAAGAAUCUGUUCUUUUCUGCUUGGAACAGUUCUUCAUGUGUUACUGUAAAAGAAGGAUGCUCCAAAGAGUUGCUGCUUUAAUCAGGACUCCAUGGCUACUUUUUAGUAAGGAACUAAACACACCUUUUUGUGUUUUAAUAAAAUAGCUUGGAUACAUGUAUUUAUUUUUUCCAGCCCUAUUGAUAUUUAUUUUAGAAACACAUUGUUUGAAGAUUUUAUUUUUGUAAGACAACUGAUUUGAUGAAUGUGUUUUUGGCAUGUUAACUAUAAUUUUAUUUUCUUCAAAAAAAAAAAAAAGUAUGUAAAUAGGCAAAAAUUUCUACAUAGAAAAAAUGCCUUCCUUGUCACAGGACUGCCUUGAGAACUUUCUUGAGAGCUUCUUUACCUUCUCCCUUCCAAACACCUGCAGAGAGAACAUGUUCUGUCACGUGCAGUGUGUGGUCUAUUCAGUAUCUGUGUACUGACUGCCAGCACAAACCAAUGUCCCAAUCUCCAUGUAUGGCACCAGCAGCAUGACAAACGGUGUCACCUUCCUUGUUGUUUUCCCUGUGAACCUCACCUUUGUAUUACUCUCUCUCUCCUAGAAUGGAAGCUCUUUGGGGCAGGGGCUGUCUCCUAGCCAGAACUGAGAGCAGUGUUGGCGCUUACUAAGAAGGUUCAAU